GCCCCCCUCCUCCCAAACUCUUACGAAUACAGCGUGCAUGACAUUGUGCAUCUUGACAGGACACAUUUUGAACUGUAAAGUGGCGACGUUGUCCUUAUUUUAGUUUGUUACCCUUUUAUUCCAACCACGGAGAUUAUCAAGACAAAACUGAGUGUUCAACCGGGAAAAAAAGUUGACAAAGGUGCACUUUUUGCAUGAUGUACACGAUUACCAGAGGUCCUAGCAAACUAGUGACUCAGCGGCGAACAGGACCUACGCAGCCGCUCGACAACAAAAUAAACGACUUCAAGCACAAGCAGACGACCUGGAGUUUGCCCGAUCUCGCCGCACCCAAAAUCGUUUUUAACCGGUCCAACGGAAAGAAGUACCACCAACCCGCGGACCCCCAGCAGGAUGAGGAGUCGACGGCAGGCCACGAGGACAACGUAAAGUUUGUGUACGAGGCCUGGCAGGAGGUGCUUCAGCAAGAGCAAGGGAACCUCCGAGGCACCGGCGAGGACCCAAUUGGGCUGACGGUCCACUACAAAGAUGACACUCCGAGCCCUCACAUGGACAACUUUGUGCCCAUCGAUCUGGACGAGUGGUGGGCCCAGCGCUUCCUGGCAAACAUAGACAAACUAUCCUGACGUUCCCCGGCGACGGAGCUGCCGGAUUUCAACAAGACUGGUCGAAAAGCGGGAGGAGUCACUUGGAAAGGGGACGCCACGUGUUACCCCGGACGCCGUUGCAGACAGCGCGGACGUUCUCAUCCCUCCACUUGCGAUGCGGGCAUUUUGACUCUCCGUCUUCAGACACGAACACUAGAGGACGUUGCUUCUGUAAUGUUAUUUUUUGGGAGUAAAUAUUCCAAUCUUUUCAGGAAUUUGGUGGCUUAUUCCAUUGUCAUUUUUCAUGGGGCUCAAAAACAUCCAAGUCCCGUUUCAGAGCCACUAAAGUCUGUCAAAAGUACUUUUAAAAAGCUCAGUGCUUUUCCAGAGCUUUUGUCAGCAAGUCGUUGAGGCGGGAAAUCAUCGGCCGGGGAUCGUCGUUCAAACCUGCCGUGAUCAUGGCGUUAUCGUAAAUCUGAAGAGGGGAGAAAAAAAAGAAAAAAAAAUACAAUACUUGAGCGGAGUUGGUGCAAUAAACCGCUAGCUCAGGGGUGUCUAAACUUUUUUUCUCCUAGGGCCGCGUUCAGAAAGAUUUAAGGGCCAAUUUUAAAUCCUCAUAUUGUCUUAUUGUACAGCACAAAUCUAAUCGGAAUCUGGCAAAAAAAAAGGUCCGGUUUUUAAAAUUUAUUUUUAAGUAUUACCGCCAUUACGAUCUAGUGCAGUCAAUGGAUUAGUCAAACUUUCCAGAACAAAAUUUCCAGCAUCAUCAAAAAAGUUAACACAUUUCAAUGAUUAUUCAGUGAAACAAAAUUCUCUACACGGGUGUGACAACAUACAGCGUAUCACAAAAGUGAGUACACCCCUCGCAUUUCUGAAGAUAUUUAAGUAUAUCUUUUCACGGGACAACACUGACAAAAUGACACUUUGACAAAUGAAGCAUUUAUACUUACUCAAUGUACAGAAAUAAUUUUGGAACAUUUUUGGUUUGUGGUGUGCCACGACAUUUUUUUUUACAACGUAAAAACGUGCCAUAUCUCAGAAAAGGUUGAAAAACACUAAAAUAAGUGCAUACAUUAGCUCACUGGCUGCCAUGGAUGGUGCGAGACAUCCAAUUCGAUUUGACUGGAUUGGACAUCCCUCCCCGUCAAUGGCACUGAAACCAAAGCAUUCACAGCCAUAUACAGUGGGGCAAAUA